GAAGGGAAGCAGAUAUUGGAUUUUACUGAAGCUCUUUGGAAAUACUGAAGCUUCUUCUAGAAAGUGUCUAUGCACAAGAGCUACAUUUAUUGAUCGUCUUCCGCGAGGGAUUGAUACAGUGUUACUUAGCGAUUAUUUUCGAGUUCCAAUAAGGAGAAAUACAUUGAGUGCAUGGUUUCCUACCUAAGAAAUGGUUUAACGGGGAUCUGAGCAGCUAACUAAAUCUGCUAAUUAUGGUAAAGACAGAUUCCCCUCGUAGGAGUGCUCAUUGAAACAAGACAAGGCCGUGAACCCGGCGGAGUUGGUCAGGGCCUCCCUAGCCUGACCAGGCCCCUCGGUCAGGGCCUCCCUAGCCUGACCAGGCCCCUCGGUCAGGGCCUCCCUAGCCUGACCAGGCCCCUCGGUCAGGGCCUCCCUAGCCUGACCAGGCCCCUCGGUCAGGGCCUCCCUAGCCUGACCAGGCCCCUCAGUAGAGGAUGGAGGUGCUGCGUCGCUCCUCUGUAUUUGCUGCUGAGGUCAUGGAUGGGUUUGAGCGCUCACCAACUGACAAAGAGCUGAUUUCCCAGUCCAAGGCUCUGUGUAGGGACUAUAUACUCUCCAGGCUCCAUCUGGCUGGACUAGGGUGGUCCAAGGCAGAACUUAACCUCCCUACAUCCAGUGGAUCUCUCUCAGAGGUUUCAGCAGUGCUCCUCUGUCUCGGUGACGAGCUGGAAUGCAUGCGGCCGAGUGUGUACAAGAAUGUAGCGAGACAGCUCAACAUCUCGGUGUCCAUGGAGUGCAUGGUGACUGACGCCUUCCUCGCCGUGGCAUCGGAGAUCUUCUCCACAGGUAUCACGUGGGGCAAGGUGGUGUCUCUGUAUGCUGUAGCUGGGGCCCUGGCAGUGGACUGUGUACAGCAGGGCCAACCGGCCACAGUUCACACCAUAGUUGAUAGUCUGGGCCAGUUUGUCCGCAAGUUCCUGGCCCCUUGGUUAAAGAAACGAGGAGGAUGGAUGGACAUAAGAAAAUGUGUGGUCAAAUCGGAUCCCGCCCCUGAACCCCAUUGGCUGGCCUCUAGUACAGAGUCCUUCAAGUACCUCCUCACUACAUUGUAUGUUUAUAUCAUGAAGGAACAAUGACACGCAGCCCUGGAGAGGACUGGGGAUGACUAAUAUUCACCUGAAGGAUUGAAGGGGGAAACGGAAUGGAAGGCCUCACUUAUGGACUCUGCUGGUUGAGAUCUGUGAUGACUGAAAGUCACUCACAACAGUACUGCAGUCAUAUUCUUAUUGUUAGCCGCUACCCUUCAUCCAAAGAGUAGUCGCAUUGACUGUCACACGCGUCAUCCACAAUCAGGUCAGAUCUCUUACUCAUUUGUUCUUUAAAUAUGGAUCACGCCUCCGCUAACAAUCUUUAAGUGGUGCAUUAAUUAGGGGUGGAUGUAUCUCACUGAAGGAGGAUCUGUCUUCUGUCUGUACAGUCAUCUGAUGGUCUUGUGUUGUCUAAUAUGUAACAGAUGGACGUCAGAUGAGUCACUUCGCAUCUCAACUGGCUCCCUAGUGCCUGAGGCUCACUUCCUGGGCAGUUGGGAUGUUGGGUGAAUCAUCAAAUGUUUCAAUGCAUUCUGGGAUGGUACCCUGUUCUGUUGCACUUGGCUGAUUUCUAUAUUUAUUCAGUUCAUUAAGGGUCUAAUGCUAUGAGAAGUAUUUUAAUGUUAGAUAUUGUAUCCUUUGAUACUGUCUGUCUAUGAGUACUGUCUGGGGCUUGUUUCUUUAUUUAAACUAAUGGUAAGCAGGGUCAGUGCAGAGAGAGAUGCUGGUAUUGACUGGUGGUAAUGUUGGUAUUUAUCCAAUUGGAGAAUGUAUGUGAUAACUUGCACAGUAUUGUUGUUGUGGGUGUUGGUAUGU